CGAAUAUAAAAAUAACAGCAAAAAACGGAACUAAAAGCUAUUGAAAAGCUAUUCGGCUGCCACAUACUUUUUUAUAUAUAUUUUUGGGCAUCAGUAAAAAAUACACUGUUUAAGAAUUUACAAAAUAUGAUUGCGUAGCAAGCAAUCGUAGAAUUUUACGAGUACCUAUUUAAGGAAGGAGUCCUAUUGUUUAUAAAGAGUACAUUGCGGGAAAUAGGUAAAAUAACAUUUAUGAUUUGCACAUCAUGGUGAAAAAUGUCAUCAUGACAUAGGAUUCAAAAUAAAAGGGAAUAAAUUUUCGUGAAAUUCACUGUGUAAAAUUUAUCUUACUCUUCAAAAAUAUGCCAGGCGGUCGCAGCAGAAGUAGCAGCCGCUCCCGCAACAGCUAUCAGUCAGAGCGGCGCGCGCCUGCGCACCCUCCGCAAGUGGUCGUUACGCCGAUGCCACGUCGUUCGAUGUUCAGAGACGCAGCGUCGGUCGCGGGAGGUGUCGCAGUUGGGACUACUGUGGGUCACCUAGCGGGGGAGGCUAUAAGUAGCCUGUUCAGCGGCCGCCGGCGCGAGGAGGUGCAACAAGCACUGCCGCAGAACUACCAGCUUGGCCAGGAACCGAGCGGGCCUUGCGCGUACGAGAUCGCUCAGUUCCUACAGUGCGCCGGUAAUAAAGAGGACCUACACGAAUGCGAGGGUUUCAACGAAGCGCUCCGGGAAUGCAAGCGGCGGAACAGAAUACCGUAAAUCUGACAUGCAAAAGAAGUUCGUCUAGUCUUUCAUUCUACACCUAUUCAAACAACAAUGCAAUAGCCAAUAAUAAAACAUAUACCUAAAAAUA